UCAAAAGAGCUGUGGCCUCCAAACAGGUUGUCAAAUACCCGAAGUGAAAAUACCCUGAAGACUGGUUACAAACUACACCACCAAUGCCCACAGUCUCUCGCUGUAUCAACGCAAAAGAUGAUGUUUUUUGCUCCUGAAAAGUGAGAGUUUCUGCUUCAGUCUUUGCAGCAACAUUCGCACUCGAUGCAGACUCCAGGAAGGGAAGCUGACCUGUGGUGAUUUCCGACUGGAUGUGACUCACUGAGUGAUUUCAACGUCCAUCUGAUUGAGAGAAACGCUGUGGGGAAAACUCGAAAAUCUUGUGCUUCUAGAGUCGCUGUCUUUUCACGAUAAUUUACUGCCUGUGAAUAUUUCUAUCGUUUGUGUGCUAACAACGUGACAUUAACGUGACCAGAACGGACUUCUAUCAGAACGUGACAGAGUGGACUGUCAGGGCGACACAGCAAAGUUACUGUUUCCAUCAUAUCUGAAUCCAUAUCAGACACUAAGCACACCGGUAAAAGGAGCACAUUUAUGACGUCACACCGGAUGUAGAAAGGAUGAGAUCAUAUGACAAAAAUAGAAAUCUAGUAAAUAUGACAUUUUUCUGAUUACUGACUGCCUCAACUCGUCUGCCAAUAAAAUGAGGUGCUGACUACUGAUCACAUUAGCAUUAAUUCUUGGUAAUUAAAUAACGACGAGAGAAAGAUAACACUGAGACAAAAGACGACACAGAUCAUCUACAGGCGAGUGAAUCAGUUGAGUUACAUCACCAUGGCCCAAGAUAACAGUCAGGAAUAUGGCGGUUUGUUUGAAACGUGAGUUCAUCUAGCCUCAGAUUUGAAGUUGGCCUCAUGGCAGCCUGCAAUCGCUCCCAGCAGGUGGUCGCUUGAGUAGCAGCCUCAGGAGCUCUUGACCGCAAGAAGUUCAGAUACAAGUCUAGGGUCACGGGUGCAACUGCUCUACAAAUGCACGAUUGGGGAAGGCGGGUGUAAUCAGGUCGUGCCUCCGUGAUAGGACUACCCUGAUCAGACAAUUUUCUUGCUCCUGUCCGCGUCCUGUGCUGCACGUGUGUCUCCAUUGUUCUACCGCUUCGUUUGAAUACAAAAGGUUGUUACUCAAUGUUUUAGAAAACUUUACAGAGUGAGGUAGAAAAAAAAAACCAACCGACGGUAGGUUGAUUAUCGUGAUCCUGCAUAUGGUACAGCGGAUGUCUGUCACGUGACCGGCAGGGAAUGGUGUAUGGAAAUCAGCGGAGGUGACGAAUGCGGGAAGCACAGUGCGUUCUCUAGAACGCCAGUGGACUAGGAAAGUGUUGGAACAUCGGGUCUAGGUUCCCCUACCUCUAACUAGGGACCCCGAGGGUCAGCAGCUGGCGACAUUCAGUCCACAGCAACCUUGGUGCGACAUUUACAGUCGACGGCGGCUGACGCACAGGUGGACGUCGUGCGAACGCCAAACCUUUACGAUGCCUGUGGAAAAACUCUAACCGUAUAAUUAUUUCUUUGAUAAACGUGUCAUUGUUUGUGUUAAAAACUGUGAAGAUAUAUUAACCAGCAGAAAAAAAUUAGAGGAAAAAAAAUGUAGAGAAAGUCUUGAGAGCUCUCACGUGACUACAUGCAGCCAAUCAGAGAUCAGCGGCUGCUCACCAGAAGGAAGUGAGAGGAGAGGACUGUGACAAGAUAUUACCUGAUAGGCGACAAGUUGCUGUUGAGGUCACACCUUUCUCUCACGCCCUCCAGCAAGCAAUGUGACAAGCACAAUGGGACACAAACCUUUCUUAGAUUUGAACACCGUGUCCAGCUACAGCUGGUUCACCCUUAGAGGGGAAGAUGUUGCCUCCAUCCUCAUCAAUCGCCUUACCUGCUACACCCUCGUCAUCAUCGCUCUCUGCCUGUCUGGAGUGCAGCUGGUGGGCAACGCCAUCGAGUGCUGGUGUCCAGCGCAGACCACCGAUGCCCAGUGCAACUACACCAAGUCCGUGUGUUGGAUUUCUCGUGUCUACUUCAUAGAUCAUGCUGAAGAUGGCUUUGACUUGGACAGAAUGAUCCAGUCGGUGACCAGCUGUCUUGCAGGCGAGAAGAAGGCUGAGCUCGUAGCCAACAACAUCGACCUCCACCUCCAAAGCCGGCAACGUCGUCGUCGUCGGUGGUGGGGCCCCGUGGAGGCGGUGGCCGAGUGGGUCAGUGCGACUGGCGUCUUCGUGCUGGGGUCGGGUGGCGGCACGUACCAGACGGGUCUGUUCCUGCUGACUCGCCUGCUGAACGUCGUGGUGGUGGCGCUGUUGUACCCGUUGCUGAGCCGCUUUCUGGAGGCGGACUUCGCGGCGUGGGGCUGGUACAUGCUGCGGCAGCUGAUUGGCUUGGAGGAGGACGCUGACGGAACCGAGGCGAGAAACGUCUUUCAGCGCGAGACGCUGUGCGACUUCCGCAUCCGGCAGCAGCAGAACGUCCACGUGUACACGGUUCAGUGCGUGCUGCCUCUCAACCUGUGGAGCGAAAAGAUCUUCCUGGUGCUGUGGGUCUGGCUGCCCGUCCUGCUCGUCGCCAGCGUCUUCUGUUAUCUGGACUGGUGGCGCAAGCUGGUGAGACAGGGCGGACGACGGCUUUCGUGCGCAAACACCUGCGCAUAGGUGUGCCGUCGCUGAAGCAAGCCCUGAGUGUCAAGGACAAGGACACGGAGACCUUCGCCACGCGUCACGUGGACGCGGACACCGUGCUCAUCCUGCGCAAGAUGGAGCUGGUGGCGGGUGUGCAGUUUACUAGUCUUGUGGUCAAGCGCCUCUGGCUUAAAUAUCAGGGGAGAGGGGAGGGAAAAGAACCCAUCGCACCCUUAUGACGAUUGAUUGUGUGUGUGUGUGUGCGUGAAUGUGUACGUACUUGCUUUGUGCACGUGCUAUCGUUUGUUCAAUGCGUUCUGCCGUAAAAAUCAAAGAAAAUAUGUAGCGCCGGAGACAUUACAUGCACAGUCAUAUAUCAUUCAUGAAAUAUAAGAGCUUCGGCAACAGAUCGGAACAAUGACCUUUAUCGAAACGGGUUCUGGCAAAAAAAGAAAAAAAAAAGCUUUAAGUUUAUGAAAUUUUGGCUAGUCUAAGCCACAUACACUUUUUAUAUUGCUCGAAACUGGUUCUGGCUUAAACAAAACAAAACAAAACAAACAAAACAAAACCCCCAAAAUUCCACCAAAAACAAACAAAACAAAACAAAACAAAAAUCUGUAUCAGUACGGUUGUGUAAUUUGACUUAUCUAAACCACGCACAUUUUUCACAUUGCUGUUGUGGAUUUGACGUAAAUUCUAAUCAAAGAAAUUGCCGAAGCAUAUUUUAUUUGCUAUUGCACCAAAAGAGGCUGAAGAUUACAAGGAUCUAGAGACAGUUCUAUUAUGUUGCUCUUAGACUACGUUUGUGCUGUGUUAUUAUGUUCUAUUAUUAUGCUGUGUCAAGUGUAUUGAUACAAUACAAUACAAAGUGAUACAACAGAAUGUCGACGACACGGAGGAUGACUGUUCCACCCCUAAACAACCACACGCUAGGCCAGGAUUCCAUUUGUGGCCAUUUUGUGAAAAUAGUCUGAUUUUAUGUUGAAUAGAAAAGAUUUAUAAUUGUUUUUUAUUCAAAGAUGAUUAUGAUCUGAUGUUUAGAAAAUAAUUAUAAUACUGUUUUUUUGCUUUAUGUAAUAUUUAAUAAAACAAAUACCUUGAAAAGCA